CCAAUGAUGGGAUCAGAUCGCGUGAGUGGUGGCGACGGUACAGAUGCAACUGUAACCGUAUUUUACACUCUCUUCACUUUAGCAUCGUGAUCAAAAAAGAAAUCAUCUUAGAUUCGCUAGUAACGUUGCGUCCGCGCAGCUCCGUGCAUGCUUUUGAAGCACACGGGCUAUGCGUGCCAUGCAGUAAACAGGGCGAUCUGUAGAAAUGUAGUGGCAAUGUGGGAAAAGCACGCCAGCGUGAGGAUAGAUAAGAGAAAAAAUCAGCUGGAGCGUUGAGUCUAUCUGUGCUUUUUUUGAAUAAUCCAAGAAAGACUUCCACUGAAGUUGCAUGAGGCUAUUUUCUUCUCUGCAAGCGGUUCUCCUUCUGCACCGUCCUCUUGUUUUCACCAUUUCAGAUAUAAUCAAAUCUGGCAAAAAUUACACCACUGCAUAUGAGAACAUCACCCUUCUUUGCAAAAAGGAGAAGGUCAGACCUGGAAGCUGCUUGGUGAACCGUUUAAGAUGUUACUAUAGGAAGGACUGUGGCAGGGAGUACAUAUUGAUGAAACUGAUUUGUUCAGUGAGCUCAAACCAGAGCAGUCAUGCUCAUGAGUACCCAGACUGCCAAGAAGGGGGCAAUGAAGCCAGCCUGCUGGUGUCCCCUCUGGUGGUGGCCGGCAUCGUCAUUGGCCUGGUGCUCUUCCUCUCCUGCAUCACCAUCAUUGUGGGCAGUCUGCGCAAAGACAGCCGACUGCGCAACCCCCACCUGCGAGCCAGCUACGCUCCAGAUAACCUCUCAUAUGGUGGCUCCAUCGGAGAGCUGAGGUCCACUUGUAUUGAGGAGUUUCCCCCUGCAUUCGACUUUGACACUUACAUGGAGACGCUGUCUCAAAUCAACAUCAUGUACCCAGACUCCCCACCUCAUUAUGAUGAAUGUGUGGGACCAGGGACACAGUUUUAUGUUCCUACAGAUGAUCCACCCCCCUACUCGCUCACAGACCCGUGUCGGGAGCAGGCUGCCCCACACAACUACAGAGAGAUGGAGGUUCUGCCUGCUGGUGCUUCCUGGGUGUCAGCAAGUUGCUCUUCCCGAUACUCAAACAGACUGCAGGAUUGGAGGCACCAGCCAGUCGCCUCCAUCUCUUUGUCAGCCUUACCUUUAGAAGAGGCGCCCCCAUAUGAGGCAGUAGUGAGUGAACAAAACCAGCCCCUCCCUCUGAUGCCCCUGGAUCUUCUCAAACACACUGCCGAGGACAGCAGUCCCCAGGACAGUGUUACCCACAGGAUCUUGUAAUACAUGCCUCUCCAACACAAAUGUGCAUCACCUGUACCAAACCAGCUUUGAGAUGGACUCCUUUGUUUGACAAGGGUCUCCCCCAGACAAUGUUGAUGCAAUGGAAAAGACCCAGAGCCCAGAGCUGAAACAGACACCUGCAGAACCCCACAAUCAUCUCAGAUAUCAACCAACACAGAUAUGAGACACUGCAUGUCCUGUUUUAUCUAACACAAAGGGAGCCGCUUUGAGUGCACAGCACUGUGGACCAAUUUGUUUAGAUGUUUGUGUGUGUUUGUGUGUGCAUGUGUGUGUGUGUGUGUGUCUUCACUUUACUUUGGCUUUUGCCUAUGGUGUGAUUAGAUGCCAGUUUCUUCAUUUACAAAAAGACUUAUAGAUGAUUUAACCAUUUCUUUUGCACCAGAGCUAAAUUCAAUAAUCAAAAUUUUGCCAAGCAAGCCGUCUGAGACUUAAUCGAUAAACGUUACAUCAGUUCAUAAUAGUGAUUUUUUUUUUUUUUUCAUUUACAUUUUAGGUGUAAAAUGAGACCAUUCUCUUCUUCAUCAUGAGAAAGAGAAAGUGCAUGCACAUAGGAGUAUGUUCAUUUACUACAAGACAUUUCCUUUUAAUCGUUAACCUUUUUUUUUCUUUUCUUUUUUCUUAUUUUUAAUCAAAUUAAGGGUUCAUCUAACUAUUUACUUUUUGUAAUGAGAAAACUUUUUUAAGAUAAUAUUUAGUACAUUUCAUAGAUUGCAUAGAAGAGAAAUUACCUUUAAAGCAAUAUAAAUGACACCAGAAGAUCAAAUGCUUUUUAAUCCAUACUUUCAUUAAACAUCAUUGCAUUUCUUUACACCUUUACAUCUAGAUCACUGUGAUUUCUUGGUAACACUUUACAAUAAGGUUGUAUUCAUUAACAUUACAGUACUUAACAACAUUAGUUAACAAGAACUAACAAUGAACAAUACUUUUACAGCAUUUAUUAAUCUUAGUUAAUGUUAAUUACAACAUGUGCUUAUACAUUUUUAAAAUUAAAAGUUGUACAUGUUAAUGCAUUAUGACCUAAUAUGAACUAAAUUCUAUUUUCAUAAAUUAGCAUUAACCAAGAUUAAAAAAAAAUUUACUCACAGCAUUUACUUCUGUUAACAAAUAGAACCUUAUUGCAAAGUGUUACCUACUUCUUUAUAUUUCCUUCUAUUGCAGACACUACUGUUUUCUGAAAGUCUCCUGGCAAUGCUUAUUUUCAGUACAUUUUAAGAACCUAUUAUGAGAAACAGCAGAUGUGAGAGAUAAGUGUGAUAUCCAUGCAUACAACAAAACUAAAAUAGUUGGAAAGGGCUUUAGCAGACAUGUAGCCAAAGGGUGUUAAAAGUUAAUUUUACAUUAUUCUUCUAAACCAGCACUGUGUGUACAUUAUAAAAUAAGAGCUAAGACUAGUUAGUAGCUCAGCUGCAAAUUAGUUGUAGCAGUGAUGUCAAUAUAAAAUGAAACAAUAGAUAAUCCUUGCUAGACAUGCUCUGAACAUGCUUCAUUUACAAAUAGACUUGUAGAUGAUUUAACCAUUUCUUUUGCGCCAGAGCUAAAUUCAACAAUCAAAAUUUUGCCAAGCAAGCCGUCUGAGACUUAAUCAAUAAACGUUACAUCAGUUCAUAAUAGCAUUUUUAUUUUUAUUUUUUUUUUUUUUUUUUUUUUCAUUUUAGGUGUAAAAUGAGAUGGUGUAAAAGAUCAUACUUGCUGGACAUGCUCUGAACAUGCUUCCAAAAUAUUAAUGUAUCAGAUUUGUUCCUAAAAUGUGUGCCUGUUUUUGUUAAAAAGCCCACUUCAUUCAUUGUACCGCAAUGGCUUCCAUACACUUGCAUGUUUCUGAGAGAAACAAUGUGCCUAUUAAUCACCAUGACUGUUAGAUUACAGAACACUGUAGAAAUCGUAGAAGAAAGUUUCAUUCUGCUUAUUCCAGUUGACAUGGGUCCCUGUAGGACUGUCAUCAGAUAUUUAGGUCUUAUUCUUUUAUUUUAAUGUUACAAAUAACACAAAUAUAUAUGGUACAAAAAGACAAAUAAAUUAUGAAGUAUAUACAUAAAUAAAAAAUUUGCCCAAAAAUGACAAUGUAUGACACAAUUCAACUUUUUCAUCACUUUCCCUCCACUGCACAAACAAUAUACUUAUAAAAAAGAAGGAUCUGAAAGGGUUUUUUAAACUGAAUUUGAUGCAUGAAUGCAUUCUUGUGUUUUGAAAAGCAGCUCAAAAGAGAAAUCAAUUUUAAAUGGUCCAUUAUUAUUUAUUUAGAGUAGUCUGAAUGGAUGUCAACUUUGAACACCCAUAUUUGAGCAUUUCUGACUUCAGCCAAUGUUUAGAAGAUUUUACUCAUCACUAAUGAAGAAAGGCAAAUGAAUCACAUAAAGGGACCUCGCAAGUAGCAUUAAGGGGUCUUUUUGAAGAUGUCUAGCUUUACCAUGUGCGUAUAUGAAUUUGUAGAGGCAGGAGCAGUGUUGGUCAACACAUUAGGCUUAGAUGAAGAAACGCUCCAUUUUCUAUCCUUAGUAGCCACUACACUGUAAUACUACUACUGUGUCUGUAAACCCUCAUGUUUUAGUUAGUUGGUAUGUCACACUUUUUAGCACAAGACUGUCGAAAUGAUGUGUGCAUAAUCAUAAAAUUAAAAUGUAAACAAUUCAAUUCCCACUGGUUUCUUUAUUUUCUGUCAAUUUUAUGGAAUUGUGUAUUUUAACUUAAGAUAUCUGAUGUUCCAGAAAAUCAUUUUGAGUUGGAUUCAAACUAUUUCACCAGUUUCAGUUUCAUUAGACUAUAUUAUGCAGACCUUUAGUUCUUCAGGAUAUAUGGAUAUUGUUUUAUACCACAAACAAGCACAUUGGCAUUAAAGUCCAUAGUAAAUGUUGACUUAUAUGUAAUGAA